ACAAAACAGGGUGCGGUCUUGUGUUAUACUUACAAUACACAUCAACGCACUAUCACACCCAACAGAAGCGGAAUGUAUAUAUCAUAAUUAUGAUCCGGCAUGUAUAUAUUUUCAAUUACGAGUAGAAAUAUAUAUAAACAAUGCAUUAUCCGGGAGAUCAUAAAUGUCUGCUUGCUCUGUUGUGUUUGUUUCAAGUUCAUCAUGUCUUCACACAAGACACGAUACCUCCAACUUUGACCUGCCCCAACACAACUGUCAUUGGCAAUGGAGCAGUGGUUCGUUGGCAGACUCCGACAGCAACUGAUAACAGCGGAGGAGUGUAUCUAUCUUCUACUCAUUCAGUUGGAGACUACUUCCCGUUGGGCAACACAACAGUCACAUACACAGCUAGGGAUGCAAGUGGACUUCAAUCAAACUGUUCCUUCAUUGUGGAAGUAAUAGCUGAUGGGUCACCUGAGAUAUCCGACUGUCCUGAAAGCACUUUAGAGGUCACCGUAGCAGCAGGAGUGACUUCUUCCAAUGUGACCUGGACUGCACCAACAGCCGUCGACCCUGAUGGAGGGACCGUCGCAGCCUCUUCAGACUAUGUUCCAGGUGCUACCUUCCAGCUUGGCACAACAAAGGUCACAUACACCUUUGUAGAUGAUGCGGGACAGAGGUCUAAAUGUGUUUUCAGAGUGAGAGUCCAAGAAUCCAGUGACGCUGUUCCACCCACUAUUGUGACCUCCUGCCCUGAUGACAUCACAAUAGACGUUGCUCCAGUUCCGAGUGUCAGUGUGACAUGGGACGAACCGACCUUCAGUGACCUUGUAGAUGGGAACACUGUCACAGUCAUGCAGACAAAAGAAUCUGGGUCGCUCUUUCCUCGUGGGUCAACGGAAGUCCUCUAUACUGCCAUGGACUCUAAUUACAACAUGGUACAGUGUAUCUUUACUGUUACCAUCAAUGUUACUGAUGAUAACAUCCCACCAACCAUCUAUAAUUGCCCCAACGACACCUUCCUGUGGGUUGCCAUGGGAACCACUGAGGUCAACAUCACUUGGACUUCGCCCACAGCGACUGACAAUUAUGGCACUCCAACGCUGCGCACGACCUCUGACCCAGGGUCAGCCUUCAGUGUUGGGGUCACCGUAGUGAACUACACAGCUACCGAUCAUGUGAACAAUGUGGCCUACUGUUCAUUCACUGUGACGAUUCUUGUUGACGACGAAAUACCUGUCAUUACUGGUUGCCCUGGCAACAUAGUGGAAUAUGUUCAGCCAGAUGUCGCAUCUCUAGCUGUGACAUGGACCACACCUACCGUCACUGACAACUCUGGGGAGUUCAACUCGUCUACCAACUUCGCCUCAGGGUCCAUGUUCCAAGCAAGUGUAGCAGGAGAGAACGAUGUUGUCAUGAUGAUCUACGAGGAUAGGUUCGGGAAUACAGCAGUGUGCUCGUUUACGGUGAAUGUCCUAAUUGAUAUGCCACCUGUCUUUAGUUGCCCUUCACCAAUCAUCCAAGACAAUGAGCUUGGUGAAGCCUAUGCUGAUGUCUCAUGGCCUCAGCUUACUAUCACAGAUGAUUAUACUUCUCUUGCAAAUCUUGUGAUCACAAUGUCGCAUUCUGAACCACUGCGGGUAUUCUAUGAUAGCCCAGUCUCUGUGACCUACUCUGCAACCGAUGAGAGAGGCAACGUAGCCACCUGCACAUUCACUGUGACUGUCAAUGAUGUUGAGAAUCCAGUCUGGCAGACAUGUCCUGCUUUUAUCACACGACCGCUUGACCCUGGAACCAAUUCGGCCAUCGUCAGCUGGCCCGAACCGACUGUCUUGGAUAACUCUGGAGUUGACCCCACCGUGACCUCGACAGCAUCCAAUCCUGAGCUAUUUUUUGCUGGCUCCUACACAGUGGAAUACAUCGCCCGGGAUGAAGCAGGCAACGAGGCCAAAUGUGAAUUCAUGGUUGUCAUAGAGACCGAUGAAAAUGUACCUGUCUUUGAUAACUGCCCCGUGGGUACCCUCAACUUCGAGGCAGACUUGGGAACCUCCACCACCAUCGUGAGCUGGCCGACGAUCACGGCAACAGACGACCUGGACAUCAGGGUGACGAUAACAUCAAAUUUCAACCCAGGCCAAGAGUUCUCUAUAGGAACGUACAGCGUGGAGUACCAGGCUAGGGACAAUGCGGGGAAUGUAGGUUACUGCGGAUUCACCGUAGUUGUUGCAGAUCUCCAGCAGCCAGAGAUCAGAGCCUGCCCUUCUGAUCAGUCAUUCUUUGUCCUCAACGCUGCAAGUGAUGUGAAAGUCUCAUGGUCUGAACCGCAAGCUACAGAUAACUCUGGCACAGUGACUCUUUCACAGACAUCCGGAAGGGGAUCUGGAUCCAGGUUUGGCAGAGGCACUUCUAACAUCGUUUAUCGGGCAGAAGACACGACAGGAAACUUUGCAGAAUGUUCUUUUGUAAUCUCUGUGACUGUCAAACAGGAUACCAUAAGUCUUGAUGGCUCCCUAACUCUUGAUAUUGUGCGAGGUCUUGAUGGAAUAUUUGGAGGUUCAUCACGCCGGGAUAAUCUGAGAAAUGAUCUUGACAACCUGUUCAGAGGAACCCAACUUGGAAGUGAUUUUGUGGGACUAGAAAUCACUAGCGGUACCUUCGAUACUAGUAGCAACUAUGUGAUAGAAUACACAAUCUAUCUGUGUGCGACAGCCCAUUACAAUGAGGAAAGCAUCAAGGAUAUCUUCAAUGGUGCCCUCACAGGGGAUAAUAGGGACAUCUUUUCUACUUCCAAUGUCAUUGAGAGAGAUUCGCUGGACUUCAAUGUGGUAGAGUUCAGGGGGCAGUUUACACUGAAAAGCAUUGAGAAUCCUGGGACAGUUCCUGUCAACUACCAAUCAUGUUGCUCAGAUCCAUCUAGCAGCACUUACCAAUCACUACAGAAUAGAAUCUAUGACCAUCUUCAACGCACCUAUGGCACCAUGACACCUUUCAGGAUGUCCAAGAUUCUAUUCCUGACCCCAGGAAGUGUUAUUGUUGACUACACCUUGACCUAUGACCCUGUCUCUGCCCCCGCUGCAUCCAACCUUGAGCAGAGGUUCAAUGACACCGUGACCCCUGGGUCACUUGAACUCACUGAAGGGGUCAGUACUGGGCUGUACCUCGAGGUCAACGGGGUCAAAGCCGGAAGCGUACAAGCUGUUUGUUCUAGUGAUUACUGUUUGAAUGGCGGAACCUGUAUGAUCACAAACUCAUCUUCAUAUGAAAUAAGCUGCAGCUGCCCUUACAGAUACUAUGGAGAUCGAUGUCAAAACGAAGGUUUGAGCUGGGAGGUGAUCGUGGCCAUCGCUCUUGGUGCCAUUCUCUUCUUGAUCAUCAUCUUCCUGAUCCUGGCGUGCUGCUGUUACUUCCUCCUCUACGCGCGAGAGAAUGAUUUGAAGGAAGAAGCCAGGAGGAGUAGAAAGAGAGAGAGGAGGUUACAAAGACUGUACAGGCAGUCCGUCUCUCAGGUGCCUCUGAUCAUGAGAUCUCCCAAAGUUAAGAAGCCUAUCCAAAUACCACGUCCAAUGAAUGACUAUGUAUAUAGCAAUGGCUCAUUCAUUCAUGAAAUCAUCGAUGAGCGUCAACCCAAUGGUCCUAAGUUCCACCAUGAUGACAAGGAGAAUGUAUCUCAACCUCGAUCUCCUCCCCUCAAGAGGGCGCACCCACCUGAUGAUGAUGUGAAAGUAAAACGGAAGCACAGGGAAAAGGGACCAAGGUUUACCCACGACAGUGAUCCUCCUAAAAAGACGCAGAAGAAGAAGAAGGUAGUGAGGAUUCUAUCCCCCUCUCUUAUUACCCCUUCUUCCCCUCCCCGAGUCCAAAAGACCCGGAGACACAAGCCAGAGCCGGAGAAGAAAAAGCGCAAAGAAAAGGGACCGACAUUCCAUGCUGAUGGCGAACCCGAACUGGUGGAAGAGAUGAAACAACAAUUCCCUCAUGAGUUCAUGUAUUGAUCAACAGCCUAUACUCAACUGAUCUUCCCUUUAAGAUGAGAAUAAUAAUAAUAAUCCCUGGAUUUAUAUAGUGCUUUUUGCCAGAUAAUACAAAGCAUAUCUAGUGUUACCACAGCUUUAGCCCAAGUUGCCACUUUAUCAGCAGCACACAGUAAGCUUAUCUGUUUAUUUUGGUAUAAUUAAUACCAUCCUGUAAAUGCAUCAUACCAGUAUUCAUUGACCGCCACCAAAAUUGAAAAUGUCAUAUUAAUAUUUUUGGCCUUUGUCUCAUGUCUAUGCAUUUUUAUUCUAAAAUUUAAGUCAAAAUUAGUUGUUUGAGUUUCUCAACUUAUUUAAUGAAAUAAGAAAGCUAAUAUUCUAAUAUGAAAUUCUAAAACAUCACCCAUGUACUUAAUAUCUAUUAUGCUCUUUCAGUGACCAAAACUCCUUUACUUACCACCCCUAGUUUGCCAUUAGACAAUG